UGGGUUCCGGACCCUGACCUUCUGGGCACUACGGACGCUACCACCAUUCUCGGGAUGAUGGAGUCCCAAAACCCAGGUAUUAAUACCGGGAAAUGGAGAAUCAUCAGCCAGAGGAUAGAAGACAAAGGAAAAAGUCUAAUCCUGGUGGUUGACAUUGACGAUGUAUCCUUUGGGAAUCUGAACAAAGCCAACUUAAAACUAUACCUUGGCUUUGCGAUGAUAAACCUAAGGGUCAUCAGAAAAGCAACCAACACUGAUGCUGUGGGUGCUUCAAGCAAACCUCCAGCACAGUAAGGCAGCAACACUUACGCUUUGUCGUGUGGUUAAGGAGAAAAACAUCGACGUAGCCCUUAUCCAAGAACCCUGGCUAGUAAAAGGCAGAGUAGCCGGGCUGGGAGAUAGAGGGAAAAGAGUCAUAUAUGACCACACGCAACAAAACGGACCAAACAGCAAUUAGGCUAAACUACAUGAAGGAAGAAGUUAAGAUGGACGUGAUGAUGGCCUCAACUUACAUGCCUUAUGACUCACCGGGACCUCCACCACCAAUAGAAACUGAGGAUCUGGUACAGUACUGCAGGCACAAAAACCUACAGUUGAUCAUUGGAGCUGAUGCAAACUCACACAACGAGGUAUGGAACAGCACAAACACUAACAAAAGAGGUGAGAAGCUUUUAGAAUUCUUAAUAACUAAUGAUUUAAGUAUUAUUAACAAAGGCUCUGAACCAACUUUUGUAACUAACAGACGGCCGGAAGUUAUUGACAUUACUCUUUUCACCCGCUGUGUUUCGAACCGGAUAGUGAAUUGGGCGGUCUCUGAGGAGAUAUCUAACUCAGACCACCGACACAUAUACAUGGAAAUCACACAAGUUGAUAAGACAUGUAAAGUGGGUCGGAACCCCCGAAACACUGACUGGGGGAAGUACAGCGGGUUGUUGGAGAGAAGCGCAUUAACUUCAAUAGCUAAUAUUAAAAGCACCCUAGAUAUUGAGCUAACUUCUACACAAAUACAAGAAGCCCUAAUAAACUCAUAUCAUGAAGCCUGUCCACAAACCACCUACAACAACGGGAAAAAAGUUUGCUGGUGGAAUGAUAACCUGGCGGCACUAAGAAAGAAAACUCGCAAACUUUGGAAUAGAGCGAAAAAAACGGGGAAUACUGAAGAAUACAGUAAAACCCUAACAGAAUACAAUAGGGAAAUAAAAAAGGCGAAACAGGAAUCGUGGAGGAAAUAUUGCAAAGAAAUCGAAAACAUCACAGAGGCAAGCAGACUCCACAAAAUCCUCGCCAAAGACCCUAUAAACCCCAUCGGAACAAUAAAAAACCAGAUGGAAAACACACAGAAACCGGACAGGAAACAUUAGAAACCCUAAUAAGAACGCACUUUCCGGAAUCCAAAAUUAUUACCAACCUAGAAAUAAAGGAGAGCCAUGAACCCGCCAAAGGCUACAAAGCCAGAAGGGAAGAUUGGCAAAUAGCCAAAACAGUAAUCACCUAUGACAAGAUUGAAUGGGCUAUAGAAAACUUUAGCCCAUUCAAAUCUCCAGGAACAGACGGAAUAUAUCCAGUACUACUACAAAAGGGAAAAACUAUACUAAUCCCCCUACUUGUAAAAAUAUACAGUAGCUGCCUAGCAAUGGGAUACAUCCCAAGCAUAUGGAGAACUGUAAAAGUAGUUUUCAUUCCUAAAGCUGCUCGGAACAACUACACAGAUGCAAAAUCGUAUAGACCGAUUAGUGUAACAUCCUUUCUA